UUCCGCAAAGGCGGCCCCUUCCGGUCGCGUAACCCUAGCAAGAUGGCGGCGCCCAGGGCGUCCCUGCACCUGGUGGCCCCAGUCUGGAAUGGAGGUACCAGGAGCAUUCGUGGCCUGAGCAGCACAGCGAACCCAGAGGGAAGUCAGAAGAGAACACUGCUCCGGUUCCUGACAGACUGCUUCUAUGACAUGAAGGCUCUGAGGGAGUAUCUGCUCCAAGUGCAGGUGUCAACCGUGCACCAGAAGAAUCGAGCCUUACCCCACAUCAAGGAGCACUAUGGCCCAGACAUCGCGGCUGCUCAUUUCAUCCUGAAGCAGGGAGGCUCGGUCAAGUUUCAGGGCGAGGAGUGGAUGGGGCCCCGUGGGCAAGGCCGCGCCUCUCUGGUCUUCAGGUUCCAGGUGCCUGUGGAGGCGGUCGACGCCAGCGGCUGUACCAUCAGCUACGAAGGCCUGGGCAACCUCUUGGCCCUGAGGGAGCUCCAGUCCUUGUCGCUACAGCGCUGCCCCCACGUGGACGACUGGUGUCUCAGCCGCCUCUACCCGCUUGCAGAGGCCCUGCGGGCACUCACGUGUUCUGGGCUCUCAGGAAGCUGGGGCCUGGGGGAGGGGCCGUGCACUCGGGGUGCCUUUUUCACACGCCCUUUCCUCUGCCUCCUCAGGAACCUCCGCAGGCUGGACAUCUCGGACCUCCCGGCCGUGUCCAAUCCCGGCCUCACUCGGAUCCUGGUGGAGGAAAUGCUGCCCAACUGCGAGGUUCUGGGGGCUGACUGGGCCCAGGGCCUCAAGUUGGGGUCUAAGGCCACAGCCAGGCCCCACCCUGCCUAGCCUCGGCCCCCUCCGGCUGGAUCUCAGGCCGACGGAAGGCUCCUCCCGGUGUGUGUCUGCUCCGCUCACCGCAGGCACAGCGGCUCUGGCCUGCGCCCACCCAAGCAGUGCGCCCACCUCCCAACUUACAGACUCCCAGCUCCGAAUUCCACUUCCUUAUCUGCGAGGUGACAACUGAUCCAGGCCUUUGAGACAACGAAGCAUCAGUACUUUCUUUGCCGACCGGCCUGAUACGCUUUGUCAGUAGAGGGCGCUCAAGAGCCGUGACCGAGGCGAGACUUUGCCCUCCAGGCUUCUGGCUGGGCUCCGAGCCCUGCGCAGGGUCCUGGAGUCUGCACACUGGGUUGUCAGCCGCUUCCUCCCGCACAACCUCAGUUUCCCAGAGUGUGCCCCCAAAGCACCUCCCUGUGCAGGACUCCCCACUCACCCACCCACGCUACCCCAGGAGGUAGGAUUCCGUGAGUCCUGAGGCCUCUAACCCCUCCUCACUUUGACUUGCUGUUAAAGUUGCUAAUUCCUCAUAAACUUUUCCUGUUC